AUGCGUUGCUCAACGUUGUACUCUCUUCUCAUCUUUCUAGGCAUCGUCAUAUGCCUAGCCCAAUCCACCCCAUGCAUCAAGAACACUGCCUCUCCAAACGAGUACAAGAAGAAGAAGAAGGGAGGAAAGAAAGACAAGCGAUGCCUCAGGCAAGAAGCUUGGCAUCAUGAAGUCCACUACCAUCACGGUGGACAUUACAUCAUCAACGGAACCAUCAGCGAACCCGAUGGCGAAAGCUUCAAGCCCGAAGGAUUGCACGGCGACGGCAAGAAGUACAAGUACUACAAGCUUGUAAAGGACCCGAAAAAGAUUGACAAGUACUACAAGGACAAGGAAAAACUCAAGAAGGAAUCUCCCGACCGCGAAAUCACUCACAUCCACAACGACUACCUCCUUCCAUCGAAGAAGAUCGAUGGCCGUCCCAAAGCAGACACUCCAUCGAAGAAGAUUGAUCGACCUGAAGCAGAAAUUCCCUUUGAGAAGUUCAACCCACCAGGAAAACACAAUCCAUACGCGACCUUCGAUCGGCCAGAAGCAAACAUCCCAUACGGGAAGAUGGAUAGGCUACCAGAAGGAGAAAAUCCAUACGCGAGUUGGAAAGCCCGACAGAAUAAGAGAGCGGUUGACACUAAAAAGAAACGCGGUGUCAGGGAAUCAAAGGCCUUCAUAGGCAAUGACUACGGCCAAGAAUGGCCAUACCCCUGGAACACCGACGAGGCCAAUGCCAUAAAGCAAGUUAACAUCACCAUCGAGCAGAAUGGCGUAGACCCCAUCGCCAUCAAUGUCGUCAUCCGGAACAACAGCAAGAUGAACGUCACUGUCGUGACCCGCAACUCCCCCGUCGACAAAGACGCCUUCAAGCUAGGCCAUUUCAGAGUGUACCCGGACGACACGAGAAUCAACUUUGCGCCCGAGAGGGAGGGAUAUACCUGGUACGAGAGACCUAGGGGCAAAAUGAGCCGUCCUUCGGAUCCGAGAAGGAUGUAUCUUCAAUCAGACUUUGCGCAUCUUCGUCCCAACGAAACGGUCAAACAGACCAUCAUUGUCCCGAGCGGUACCAAGGAGCAGAACGAGCAGUGGAUUAAUAUGAUUAGGCUUGCUAAGAACGUCACAAUGAGGGUGGAAGGACGGUGGUAUGGUAUUGGUGUUCGGGGGAACGGGCCGCCGCGAUGGUCAAGGGAAGGUGACUUUGGGUUUGUGUCCAACACCAUAGACUUGCAAAUUCCACAGCCGGAAAGGGAGUAG